CAGGCCGGGCUCCGAGAUGGCCUCCCAGUCCCCGGGUACCCCCGGCUCCUCAAAAAACCCCAGCAAGGAUGGGAAGGAGACGCCCCAGAAAAACAACUUGCCGCUCUCUUUGCUCCACGUCCGCGACGUUAUGGAUCGCCGGCCCAGCAAGCUGCCCUGGGUAGACGUGGUCAGGGCCUGUGGCCGCUUCAGGCUAUCGCUCUUGCAGGCGCGGCGCGGCCGGCUGCUGCCCACGCUUAACCCCCUGGCCAUAGGCGAUGAAUCGCCACCGCCCGAUUCUCUUUGGAUGCCCUGGAUGGCCCAGAAGGUGUCAUGGGGUGACCAGGAGCCCCUCUCCAAGAUCCCAUUUAAAAUUAUGAGGGGGCACGAGCACAUUGUGACUUCCUGUAACUUCUGUGUGGAUGACACUAAGGUCCUCAGCGGCUCCUAUGACUGCACCGUGAAGCUGUGGGAUGCUAUGGAUGGAUCCAUCGUUCGGGAAUUUGAGCCGGUGCCCGAAGGUCCUGUUUUAGAAUGCAGCGUCACGGCUGACAGCAGAAGAAUCAUUGCAACAUCUUAUGACAAAACAGUGAGGGCCUGGGACCUUGAAACAGGCAAGCUGCUGUGGAAGCUCGGUCAUGAAACCUUCAUAGUCUCUGCUAAGUUGUCCCCUGAUGGUAAAUACGUGGUCUUGGGCUUGGAUGUGGAUCAUGGAAUCUUUAUAAUAGAUGCGAAAGACUCCACCACCGUGUCCCAUAUCAAAGAUCCUCACAUGAUGACGCUCACCGCCUGCUGCUUUGACCCCGACAGUCAGAAGGUGGCUUCUGUCUCGUUUGACAGGAGCAUCAAGAUCUGGGAUGUGACGUCACAGGCCUCGCUGCUCACCAUCACCAAGGCACAUAACAAUGCCAUCUCAAACUGUUGUUUCACCUUCAGUGGCCAUUUCCUGUGUACAAGCUCCUGGGAUAAAACCUUGAAAAUAUGGAAUGUCCACACUGGGGAGUUUCGAAACCGUGGAGCCUGUGUGACUCUGAUGCAGGGCCAUGAAGGUUGUGUGAGCUCCUGCCACUUUGCCAGAGACACCUCUUUUCUCGUGUCUGGAGGGUUCGACAAGACCGUGGCUAUUUGGGAUGUAGAAGAAGGCUACCGGAAGCUCUCCUUGAAGGGCCAUAAUGACUGGGUGAUGGAUGUUUCCGUUAGCAGCAACAAGAAGUGGAUCCUCUCUGCUUCAAAGGAUAGGACCGUGAGGCUAUGGAAUAUUGAAGAAAUUGACCAAAUUCCCUUGGUAAUCGAGCACAAAAAGACCCGGGGCUCAACAGUGAAACAGUGCGAAGAAUGUGACAGGCCUUUCUCCAUCUACGAAAGCGACAUCUUCUCUGAAACAGUCACCAAAUGUGUGUUCUGCCGGAUGAAUGCGACAGACUUGUCAACAGAGGCCUCACAGUCAUCAGAAGGGGAGCCCUCGCUGUCAAGGGAGAGCAGCCCAGAUGAGGAAGGCUGAUGGCCACAAGACCCUUUGGGUGACUUGAGCCCAGGUCAUUUGUGACUUAGGCUUGGGGGCUCUGCGGAGACCUUUCUCUGGGGCCCCUCCCCAGUGGGUGGGCCCAUCAUACUAAGGCAGGGGCCAGGCCAGGCUCUGGCUGGACUCCCACCACUGCUUGGCCUCCUUAGCUCCCCAGCACCUCGAGGAUCCCUUGCCUGUAGUUUUCAUGCAGAAUAAAUCUAGAUGCUUUUGGAAAACAGUGCGCGUGUGAAUUCUAGAAACAUUUUUGCUAUUUCUAUGUCCUGGUAUUCAUCCUGUCUCAUUUUGGGAACAUAUUCUGGUCUCUGGAUUUGCCCUGUAAAGCAGUCAUUGGGUGCUGGCACCAGCAACCCUUGAGGAAGGGUCCGUGGAACGAAGAGGAAGCUGUGUAGCCCCCUCUGUGGAAGGGACUGUACUGUGGCCCUGUGGGUGCCUCCCUGGCUGAUGCUUCCAGAUGGUCACCUGCCCAGAGCUGGGGAAGGUCUGGUCAGGCAGGUAGGUGGAGGGCACUUCCAUCACAGAAUGUUGCUUGUUUUCCACCCCAGUGUCUUUGGUUUCCAGAAUGCCCAUGCAUGUGUACAGCCUCCUUCCUGCUUCCACAGCGUCGAAUACAACGUAAAUCAAUUACUUCACAAAGAGCGAAGGUUUCAAGUAAACCAGAAGGGCUCCCUUUUCCAUUUGGUCUGGCUUACGG